AUGCCCUUCCACAAGCAGGUCUACUACCCCCUCACCAACGGUCUGGAGGGUUCCGAUGCCUCCGCAGGCGCGGCCGCCAUGGCCUGUGUCCCUCCCAGCGCGGCGACGGGUCCCCUGCCCUUCUUCCAGUUCCGGCCGCGGCUGGAGAGCGUGGACUGGCGGCGGCUGAGCGCCAUCGACGUGGACAAGGUGGCGGGCGCCGUGGACGUGCUCACGCUGCAGGAGAACAUCAUGAACAUCACCUUCUGCAAGCUGGAGGACGAGAAGUGCCCGCACUGCCAGUCCGGCGUGGACCCCGUGCUGCUGAAGCUCAUCCGCCUGGCGCAGCUGUCCAUCGAGUACCUGAUGCACUCGCAGGAGUUCCUCACCUCGCAGCUGCAUGCGGUGGAGGAGCGGCUGCGCCUGAGCCUGGCCAACUGCGAGCAGAGCAAGGAGCUCCUGGGCAAGCAGGCCGGCGAGAUCAAGUUCCUCAAGGAAGAGUGCAAGCGCAGGAAAAAGAUGAUCGCCACUCAGCAGAUGAUGAUGGAGGCCAAAGCCAGCUAUUACCAGUGCCAUUAUUGUGACAAGGCCUUUAUGAACCAAGCCUUUCUACAGAGUCAUAUUCAGCGCCGUCACCCUGAAGAUUCUCACCUUGAGUACAGGAAAAAGGAGCUGACCCAUAAGCUCCAGAAUGAGGUCGACAUGUUGAAGGAGCAGCUGCAGCUCACCAAGUCUCAGUUAGAGGCUUCACAGCACGCCCACGCAGUCAGAUUCUCUGAGGAAUAUGAAAUUCAGAAAACAAAAGAGGAAGAAUUUCUGAAGUUAUUUCAUAGGUGGAAGGAAGAAGAAAAGGAGAAAUUUGUUGAUGAAAUGGAAAAAUUCAAGGAAAUGUGCAAGAAGGAGUUUAAAGAAUUAACUUCUAAGAAUUCAGCAUUAGAAUAUCAAUUGUCAGAAAUCCAGAAGUCCAAUAUGCAGAUCAAGUCCAACUUAGGCACGUUAAGAGAUGCCCACGACUUUAAGGAAGAGCGUCCUCAAUAUGCCCAAGAUUUCCAAAAUGUGAUGCAAUUUCUUGAUAGUCAGGAAAACAAGUGGACAGCUCGCAUUCAAGCUCUUCAUCAAGAACAUGAAAAAGAGAAGGAUCAGCUCCUGUCACAUAUAGAGAAACUUCAAAAUUUAAUGAUAGAUAGUCUAAAUGCAAACAAUGUUUUCUACAAGAAAAGGAUGGAAGAGCAAGGACAGAGAUUCCAGGAACACAUUGAACCGAUUAUCAAUCAGAGACCACAGAUAAAAGAAUUUACCAGUAAACCAGUAAACUGUGUCAUUGAACCCAAAGGGAAUUCUUUAAUCUGGCAAACUAUUGAACCUAAGCCACCUGCCCAAGCUGUACCUAUGAGUGCCCCAGCCCCACAGACUUUGGAUGCUAAGUCAAGUCUAACAAUGGCACAUGAGCAGGCAUUCUCAUCGCACAUACUGGAACCAAUAGAAGAACUUUCAGAGGAAGAAAAAGGAAGGGAAAAUGAACAGAAAUUUAAAAACAAUAAGAACCAUGUCAGGAAAACUUGGAAGGCUAACCCCUCUCUCACAAAGAAAAUAAGAUCAAUCUUGGAGCAGAAUUUGUUGGGAAAAUUGGAAAGCUUGGGGAUUAAUCCAGAUACACGUGGUAUUCCAAGCGAUCAAUUGAAUAGAGUGUUAAGAACCAUGGAAUCAAAAAGACAUAAUCACGAAAGACAGAUGCCUAACAUUCUGCAAAUUCGAGAAUCCCUUGAGCAUCAGGUCAGCUCUAAAAUUGAGGAGAGAAUAGUACUGUCUUCAGACAGGAACAGUGGUUCUCAAGGGGAAACCCUUUCAACUGGAGAAGUACCCAAAGCAAUACAACUUCCUCCCAAAAGCAGACAAUUGGUCAAACAAAGACCUGUGUUCUCUGAUAGAACAUCUGUCCCAAAAAUUAAGAAAAAUAUCACAGAAGAUCAUUUUCCCAGAAAGUCUUCAAAUAUUACGUCGCCUCCCUUUAGUUCAGAGGAAGACUUGGAUGCUGGCGACCUCAUCCAGACAUACACGUCCCCAGAGUUACUUCAUGUGCAGCCGUCUAAAAACAACAAGAGUAGCUUUGGAAGGAAAACUGUCAAGAGUGACAGCGACUGGACCGAAGGCAGUGAAAUGGAGGACUCUGAUAUUUCUCCCAAGCCCAUGGGAACCUCCAUUAAAACAUUAACUGAAAAGGUUGAAAAGACAGCUUCAAAUCAAAGAAAUGUGGGUAAGCCAGUCGGUGGGAUUAAUGUUGCUGAAGCAUUCAUCAAAAAAGAAUUUAAAGAAGAACUAAAGUGCUCAGAUGUGGAUGAUGAUGACUGGGACAUAUCAUCCUUAAUAGAAGAAAAAUCUUUGGGGAAAAUAACCGGGAAAGAGCAGAGAGAACCUCCGCCUGUGAAGAAUGAGUCACAUUUGGCUCAAGUGCCAACUGCCUGGGCUGCACCGACUCCUAGAGUGCCAAAGAGAGAAGGCCUUCAAGAUGAAUCAAGCACCCUGAAAAGCAGCUUAGUAACUGUGACUGACUGGAGUGAUUGUUCAGAUGUAUAG